AUGGUCAUCAAUGGCUUCGAAAAGCGUAAAAAUUCGCCUGCAAUUCUGAAUUUACCAACCUUUUUUAAAAUUCCAUUCAUUUCAUCGACUACUGCAAUGAUGCAAAGAAUAGAAUCCAAAAAAUACUUUCAGCAGUGGAUUUACGAUGAUGAAGAUUCAGGCAAAUCACUCCUUAUCGUUGGAGCACCAUAUACUGGAAAAACAUUUUUGGUGAAACAGUUAGAAGAUGAGCCUCAACUUGCGGCUGUACAUUAUUGUUCGUGGGUUAAUCCGGAAUCGAUAGAAACAGCUACACUGUUGCACAAUUUGGCACGUCAGUUGACUCAACAAUUUCCUAAUUUGGUAAUACCAAAAUUUAAGACGACGACUCUUCUAACCGCUCAGGAAAGUGUUAUUAGGAAUUUUUUGAUAAAACCUUUACUUUCGAUUCCAAUGCCAUCGUCGACGCGGUUUGUUGUAAUUGAUGGAAUAGAACAUGAGCUUAUACCAACUGUAAUUCAGCUGUCAAAAUUAUUUCCUAAAUGGCUGAAACUUGCAAUAACAUCGCGACAUUUCGAUGUAAGAUACCGAAGAAUGCUGGAACAAUAUUUCAUAAUUCAUCAGUUGGAUCGUGGAUCUACUGAACUUCUUAAAUUCAUUGAAACUCGACUGCCAAAUAUUGAUUCAUCGGUGAUGCUUGAAGCUUGUCAGGGAUCAUGGUUUUAUGUAGAUCAAUAUUCAUAUGCAAUCCAGUCGCACUUGUUAUCAGUUUCUCCUGCUUCCGAUUCACAGAAUGAUAUUUUGAAUAUCAAUAUUUGUAGUGAUUUACCGAUCGGACAUGAAGGCUUGUUCUCAGCGAUAGAAUCUGUCAUGUCGCCUCAUCUGAAUUUCUAUCUGCAACUUAUUACCUCAAGUCGACUACCGCCUGCUCGGCAAAAACUAGUUUGUAUAACUAAAAUAGUAACAGGAAAAAGUGGCGAUUCCAUAGAACAAGAUUUGAUCGAUUGCAAACCAGUAUUACAAUGUUCGGAUCCUCUAAUAUUGAAAGCUGCAUGGCAAGAACGAUUUCGCUAUAAUUGUAGUGAAGGUCACGGAUUGUGGGUCGACGGUAUUCGAAGGCUUGGAUGUCAAACUGCUCAAGAACUCAUUGAAUUUGCCUAUCACUUGGCGCAUGCUAAAGGUUGGAAUUAUCGCAAUAAGAUUGAAAUUCUUCGUGAUUUCGGUGCAGAUAUAAUUCAAUUAAAAUGUCCAGUGAUUGAUAGAGAAACCAAUGAAUUAUUACGAAAAGCUGGCGCACAAAUGCUCGAUCAGUCAUGCCAAGUACAAUAA